AUGAAGUCGGGUGGCAAACGCAUCCUCUUUACCGGCGGUAGUGGAAAAGCCGGAAGACACGUGCUUCCUUACCUCCUCGAGCAGGGCCACAAAAUACUAAACGUAGACCUUGCCCCUUUCCCGGAUCCAAAGGCCGACAUCUACACCUUGAAGGCAGACCUCACGCAAUCGGGUCAAGCAUUCAAUGCUCUAACCUCGCAUUUCAACAUGAGCGGUUAUGAUGAGAAAUCGCUUCCUCAGCCACCAGAUGUUGUGAUACAUUUUGCUGCAUAUCCUCGCAAUAUGAUCGUUCCCGAUAACGAGACAUUCCAAGCCAACGUGACGUCAACUUACAACGUAAUCGAAGCUGCUUGCAAACUGGGUGUCAAGAAAAUCAUCGUCGCGAGUAGCGAGACAACGUACGGCGUUUGUUUUGCUCAGGGUGACGCAGACUAUCAUUCAUUUCCUCUCGAAGAAGACUACGACGUCGAUCCUGAAGAUUCCUAUGCUCUUAGCAAAAUCUGUGCAGAAAAGACAGCAAGAACAUUUGCGAGACGAUUUGGAAUAGAUAUUUACGCCCUUCGAAUUGGGAACGUCAUUGAACCCCACGAGUAUGAGCGAGAUUUUCCAGGCUACAUUUCAAAACCGGCGGGCCGCAAGCGCAAUGCCUGGUCAUACAUUGACGCCCGCGACCUGGGACAGAUUUGUGACUUGGCAAUCAAGAAAGACGGACUCGGCUUUCAGAUCUUCAACGCCACAAAUGAUACGAUCACGGUUAAGGAGACGACGAAGGAGUUUUUGGCAAAGAAUUACCCGAAAACCAAGGUCACUCGUGAGAUGGGAAAAUAUGAGGCACCACUGAGUAAUCGCAAGAUUAGAGAGGUCUUGGGAUUCAAGGAUGUGCAUGACUGGAGAAAGUAUGUCAAUAGUUAG